CGCUUUAUGCAACAAUGCGCCCACAAAGACCGGGUGAGGCUAUUGUGCAGAGACAAGGGACCGGCGACGCCCGUUUCAAGUCUUUAUAGUUACUUUCAGAGUACAUUGUAGAUGCAAACAACAAAGCAGUCAAGGUAUAUAAUUACAUCUUGUUCCUCGAAGUACCAGUAACUAUCUCGAGGAAUCAGACAGGCAAUAUACUACCAACUCGGAGAGAUUGUUGACAAUGAGCAAGCGUCGCAUCUCAGAAACCAUAUCACCAUCUCCUGAUCCACCACCGGCAGUAUCCCCAGCAACAGCAUCGGCACCAGCACCAGCACCUAAACGACGACGAAUGCGACGACAACACCACAGACAGUAUUUAUCAGUCGACCCUCCAUCUCCGGAGGACUACUACCACGCGUCACCUACUACUACUACUACCCCGGUAUCACCUACUAUCCCACCUGCACCCUCCUCCCCUCCACCACCACAACCAUCACCAUCCUCACCACCACCCCUACCACCAAGAUCCACCCCCCGAUAUCGACACAUCCUCCCAAAACCACCACCACCACCCACUACCAUCUCCAUCCCCAAACCCCCUACACACUCACCUCAACCCCAUCCCCAACCCCCAAAAGGGACCCCCCAACCCCCCAAAGAUCAUCAAAAAAAGAGAAAGAGUAAACUCCACCCGCACCUCCCCCCCAUCCUCCACCACCUGCGCACACCCCUCCACCCCCUCGUCUCCAGCACAACAGGCCACGAACACCCGGACUUCCCUCUCUCCUUACUACAAUACAACCUCCUCACGUCGGAUCAACUCGACAGACUCGCCGUGCAUUUCCAUCAGGUGCAUCCGCCGGUGCGUGGCUCGUUCUGGUAUCCGGUCAGGAUUGUGCCGUGGCUUAGAUGGGAUGAUUCUGAUGGUAAGGGGGGGUAUGUGGGGGAUGCGGAGGUGGGGUUGGAGGUGAAGAGGAGGAGGUUUGGGAGGUUUAUUGGACUUAGGGGGUGUGAGGGGGAUUAUCCCAGGGGGAGGAGAGGGAGGGGGAGAAGUGGGAAGGGGAGGAGGGAGGUGGUGAGGGAGGAGGUUGAGGAGGGGGAGAUUAGGGAGGAAGAAGUUGUAGAUGAGGAGGAAGAGAAAGAGGAAGAGGAAACGGCGGAGGAGAUGUUGGCGAGGAUGGAGAGGGAGUGGUUUGAGGCGAUGGUUAGGGCAAGGUAUGAGGGGGAGUAUGCGAUGAGGUGGAAGAUGGGGAGGGGGUGA